UCGCUCCUGCCCACUCGUCUCAUAGUGAUCAGUCUGUGCGUGUUCGCGUCUUGGAGCUGGAAUUUGGGGAGUGGAAAUACCACUCACUGUUACUUUCGCAGUUGGCGUCAAGUCGAAUGAGAGUGUCUCCUCUGACAUUCUACUCUUUCGGUCAGUCAGCGCGCUUCGGAAAAGGGGCGAACCUUUACCGAACGGAACGCAGUCAAGAGGAUUAGGAAUUGGGUAGCCCGCUCGCACUCUCAGUACGCAGGUGUUUGUAGCUAACUCAUGCCUUGGUUGAUUUUAGACGGGAUAGUGAGUGUAUGAGAUAUUAUUGAAUUCUGGAACUUUUUCGUUACAUUUUUUAUGUAAAAAUAUCAGUUUUCGACUGAUACCUGUCGGGGCACUUUAGGUGACUGGGUUUUCUGAAUCAACAAUUGUUUUCUGCGUUUGGAUUAUUUUAAUUUUCUUUGGAAAUGGCACAUUCUUAUUCUGGGAGAGAUACACGACUUUCAGAGAGAGGAAAUAGUAGUUGAAUAAUAACACAGGAUGCUGCUUGCGACCUGAAGCACUCAGAAGAAUUUAGACAUUUCUAAGACGUUUGUUAUUUUGCUUUGCGCACUAUAAGAAGGUGGACAUAUCAAGUAAUUUUAUUUUUUUACACGUGUGUAUUUUACAGCACAAUGAUGUAUUGUGGAUUUAUACUUUUCUUUUCAACCCAACUCCUCUUUGUGGCUUCAUUGACUCAAAGUUAUAAAUGUGGAGAUAACAUUGAGAUAACCAGUGCAGAUUAUCUCACCUCUCCUGGCUAUCCGAACUCAUACCCUCCAUCACAACAAUGUACGUCGGUGAUAUCGGCCCCAGACCCAGGACAGAAGAUACUCAUCAACUUUAACCCUCAUUUUGAUCUGGAGGACAGAGACUGCAAGUAUGACUAUGUGGAGGUGUUUAACGGUGGGGAUGAGCAGGCUCCGACCCUGGGGAAGUUCUGUGGGAAGAUAGCCCCCUCCCCCAUCAUCUCCAGCGGCAGCCAGCUCCUAAUCAAGUUUGUGUCCGACUACGAGUCACCCGGGGCUGGAUUCUCAGUGCGCUACGAGGUCUUCAAGACAGGACCUGAGUGUUCUAGAAACUUCACCUCGUCUAAGGGCGUUAUAAAGACGCCAGGCUUCCCUGACAAGUACCCCAACAACCUGGACUGCACCUUCAUGAUCAUCGCCCCCAAAAUGUCAGAGAUCGUGGUGGACUUUGACAUGUUCGACAUGGAGCCUGACACCACCCCUCCACCCGGGGCACUGUGUCGCUACGACUGGCUGGAGAUCUGGGACGGGUUCCCUGCAGUGGGACCCCACAUUGGGCGGUACUGUGGUAACAGCAGUCCUGGCCGAGUCAUCUCCUACACAGGGAUCCUGUCUAUGAUCAUCAACACUGACAACGCCAUCGCCAGAGAGGGCUUCUCAGCCAACUACACCGUCAGAGAGAGGAGCCUACGACAGGGACCAGAGGACUUUACCUGUCUGGAGGGCAUGGGAAUGGAGUCAGGAGAGAUUACCUCAGAUCAGAUCACUGCCUCCUCUCAGUACAACCCCAACUGGUCCCCAGAACGCUCCAGACUCAACUACAAAGAGAACGGAUGGACCCCCUCAGAAGACUCUGCUAGAGAGUGGAUACAGGUGGACCUAGGAUUCCUCCGUUUUGUUUCAGCCGUGGGAACACAGGGAGCCAUCUCCAAGGAGACGAAGAAGGAGUACUUUGUCCAAUCCUACAAAGUGGACGUAAGCUCCAAUGGAGAAGACUGGGUCACAAUAAAGGAGGGAUCCAAGCAGAUGGUUUUCCAGGGGAACCACAAUCCUACAGAGGAAAAAAGGUCGUUCCUACCCAAGCAGACUCUAGCCCGUUACGUCCGCAUCAGACCCAUAUCUUGGGAGAUAGGCAUCUGCAUGCGCUUCGAGGUGUACGGCUGCAAGACAUCAGACUACCCUUGCUCCAGCAUGCUGGGGAUGGUCUCCGGUCAAAUCUCGGACGCCCAGAUCAGCGCGUCAUCGCACGCAGAGCGCGGCUGGGUACCAGAGAACGCCAGGUUGCUGACAGGGAGGUCGGGCUGGACCCAGCAACAGACCAGACAUCCCUUCCGGAACGAGUGGCUGCAGAUGGACCUGGGCCAGGACAAGCUGGUCAGCGGCCUGCUCAUCCAAGGAGGACGCCACAGAGACAAGAAUGUGUUUAUGAAGAAGUUCAAGGUGGGCUACAGCAACAAUGGCUCUGACUGGACCAUGGUGAAGGAAGACAACAGCUCUAGGCCUAAGAUCUUCAUUGGGAACCAGAACCAUGACACCCCAGAGCUGCGUACGCUGGGCCCUCUGCUGACUCGCUUCCUCAGGGUCUACCCAGAUAGAGCCACCCCCGAUGGCCUGGGGCUCAGACUGGAGCUGCUGGGCUGUGAGAUCCAUGAGCCCACAACUCUCCUACCGACCACAGCUGUAGCAACCACGUUUGCUGUAACCACGUUCGCUGCCACCACAACCGCAUCUGUGACCAUGCCCACCCUGACGUCAGAGUGUGACGACCAGGAGGCCAGCUGUCACAGUGGAACAGGAACAGGAGGAGGGGAGGACUAUGACACAACAGGUGGCACCACAUUGGCAGACCCAACCCUGGAGGAAGAACUUGUGCCAGAGUACCUGUGGUUUGCUUGUGACUUUGGCUGGGCGGGCAACCCGUCGUUCUGUGGCUGGACACUGGAGAAGGAUACUGGUGCUGAGUGGAUGAUUCAGACCAGCGGGGCCCCCACCGUCCACAAAGGGCCCAACCUGGACCACACAGGAGUUCCAGGGAACUUCAUCUACAUGCAGCUGGCUGCUGAGACCGAAAUGGAAGAAGAGGACGAGCAGGAGGAGGAGGAGACAGAGGUAGAGGAGGUGGAGGAGAGGAUGGAGGAGAGGGUGGCACGCCUAGCCAGCCUGCCUGUCACCGCCCCAGACACCAACCUGUGUGUGUCCUUCUGGUACCACAUUUUCGGGGAGCACGCUGGCACCCUGCACAUCAAACAGAGGAGACAGACAGAGGAGGGGCGGGCGGAGGCACUACUCUGGACCGUCAGUGGACACCAGGGCAGCAGAUGGAGGGAGGGACGACUGUUGGUGCCUCACUCCAGCAUACCCUAUGAGAUAGUGAUUGAGGGAGUGGGAGACAGGAGCACAGGACACAUCGCGCUGGACAAUAUAAAGAUCCUGGAUGGACUAACACCAGAGGAGUGUAAGGAUCCAGAUAUACCAGAGGCUCCUACGUCCCAGCCAACAGAGAUCUGCAUAUACCCGAUGGACCCCUACUACCCAGAGGAAGUGGAGAAUAGCGAGCUGGGUGGCCCAGGCAACAUGCUGAAAACCCUGGACCCCAUUCUCAUCACCAUCAUCGCUAUGAGCGCUCUGGGGGUUUUCCUGGGAGCCAUCUGUGGUGUUGUCCUCUACUGUGCCUGCUCGCACGGCCACAUGUCCGACAGCAGGAACUUGUCGGCUCUGGAGAACUAUAACUUUGAGCUGGUGGACGGCGUCAAGCUAAAGAAGGACAGCAAGCUAAAUGCACAGAACAGCUACUCAGAGGCGUGAGCGUCAUCCUCUGAGGGAAGAGAACACAAGCAGCCUCAUAGCUGGAGGAACUAGACCACCGGACGGAGGGUUGUGAGUUGUGACUCAAGUGUUAUCCUAUUCCUUAUAUAGUGCACUAUGUAGGGGAUAGGGUGGCAUUUGGGAUGCAGCUGGCUUUAGUGAUGGUGGGAGGUUGUGACUGAGCCAUGCUAUUCUCAGGAGCUGCAGUGAAAGGAACCUACCCGUAGUGGGCACUGUGUAUAAUAAAACGUGUACAGCAAAAAUGAUUCUUUAGUUUUUUGUUUGUUUUGCGACGUGCUUUGUUUUUCUGUAAUCAGAUGCUGGUGAUGAGACCAAUUGAGAUGGAAGUAUUUAUCAUGUUUUUGUUAUUUUUCUUCUGGAAGGAUAGGAUAUUUUAUUUUUCAUCAGAGGUCAUUAUUAUUUCACAGAAAUAGCAUAGAAACGUAUAUUCACUAUCCUGAUGCGUGGCUCUUCGGCUGGUCAUGUUAUCAGUUUGUAUGUCUGCAUCGAUUUGUGCAUCUUGUUUGUGUGUGUGUGCGUGCAUGUACGUGUGCGUGCGUGAGCAAGUGUAUGUGUAUGCAUGUGUGUAUGCAUCCAGAGGGUGCUUGCCCUGGCCCUAGACCUGUGUCUAGUUCCACAGUGCCUUUUUGAAAGUUUCUGUUGCCUUUUCUCCACUGAUUCUGUUCUGAUCAUAGCAGUAUGUUAGGUUGGUAGAGCAGGGUCAGAUUGGCAGGAUUCCAUGCCAUCCCUCCAUAGCACAUGACACAUCCAACUUAUUGUACAUAGGUUUUAAUAUAUUUGAGCGCCUUUAUAAAAAGAGACAAAAUGCUGCAGUAUCCUUUCUUUGUGGUUUAUGUAUCAUAGGCAAUGUUAUCUGGCUGUCAUCAUGUAUGUAAUAGGCAUUUUGUGUUGUUAUGUUCCAUUGGUGCUCUCCCAAUGCUGCCUGGGAAAUGAGGGUUAUUAUAGCCAAUGGUUAUGGCCUUUUGAGAGAUGUUCAGAUUCAGCCAUGAUCAUCAGUAUUGAGCCUUAUUAAUAGGGGCAACAAUUGGUUACAAAGGCCUAACAAGGAGAGAGUGAAGAAGUGUCAAAUGGCACCCUAUUCCCUAAAGAGUGCAUUACUUUUGACCAGAGCCCUAUGGGCUAUAUAAAAGUAGUGUACUAUAUAUGGAAUAUGGUGGUAUUUAGGACGUAUUCAGACAACAGACUGGGCGGCUGAAGCAUCUCUACGAAGAAAAUGCAAUCACAGUGCUAUGACAAUACCUGGGACAUUAUGGGCCAGUUUCUCAGACAUAGAUUCAGAAUCUCGUUGAGAAUGCUUUCAAGUCCUGGACUAGGCUUAAUCUAUGUCUGGGAAACCGGCCCUACAUCUCUGUGGUGGAAUGAUGGCCCUUGAUAGAAUGAAAGAGACUCUUAUGACGUCAUGCUGUUUUCAUGUACUGUAGCCUACAUCCUCUUUGCUCUCCUUUUUGUCUGUAUUGAAUGUUCAUGUGAAGAGUUCAGACAAAACAAAGUACUGUAUAAAAUGGCGAAGACAUAGAUCCAUGGUUUAAUCAAUGGAUGUGAUGUAGCUAUGCUGUUUAUUCCUUCCGCCGGGGUCUAUGAGCUUCUAUGUUUAGAUUCUUUCAUGUUUUCUUCAUGCGGGGUAGCUAGUUAAACAGAUGUUUCAUAGCUCUGCUUCGAGCUCAUAACAGUAUUCCACAUUCCAUAGGAUUAGAAUGAUUGGAAUUUAAAUGAGUCAUUCUAUUUGUAUGGUUCCACCACUUGUUAAGGCAUAAUGUUUUGGUGUAGUCUUCGUCAAUAGGAAAGGAUGCUGCAGCAAUAGAUGUGAAAACAAUGUUGCACUGAUAUGUUUAAAAGAUCUUUGUGUUGUUUAUGAUAUUGACUUGUGAAAAAAGAGAAAGAAAGCAAAAGAAGGAUAAGACAGUGUUACAGAUAACUCUUUUAUAUGGUUUCAGAUGAUAUAGUUCUGAAAUGUACAAUUAUGGAGAUGUUUUUCAUUAUUGAAAAAGCUAUACAUGUAUCUUUACUUACGUAAUGUUUAACUUGGUAUGUUAUAUCACCUUGUGUUUUUUGUACUGUCACAAAUGUCUGUGCCAUUUUUUUUCUACAAAAUGUUUGAUUUUCAAUACUGCUUCUGUAAUUUGCCGUCCCAGAUAAAAAAGAAAAAAAGAAGUUAGCAGUUGAGGCCUUAAUGACUCAAGUAAUGUUUCUUUACUUGGACUCCGUCCCAAAUGUCCCUAUUCCCUAUAUAGUGCACCCAUAGGGCUCUGGUCAAAGGUAGUGCACGGUGUAGGGAAUAGGGUGCCAUUUGACUCCCUGGUCAGCUUCUACCCAUCUGUCUAUGUUGUUUCUGACUCUGAUCAAUGACUACUACAUUCCAAAGAAUUGGAUCAAAUAAAUGUUUGAAUAAGA